GUUGGACAGUUGACCCCAAGUAUUUAAACUCAUAAACGUUGUUGCAAUACUCCAAAAUCCCCACAAGGUGGAGUACGACACUUCCCACUUCCGCCUGUUUCAGAGACACGGAAGUUGACGUGUCCACCAUUGCGGGAAGCCCGUUACUCAGGUGACGGUUCGUACAGUUCUAAUAGUUCGGUCCAACUUUAUGCUUCCCGUCUUUCGAUUACGUCAUGGCCGCGGAGCCGCCUGCUGUCCGGGAGCCCAGAGACGAGGCCAGGGCCGGUUUGAAGCCGUUUGAUGUGGGGAACAACUCCUGCCGCCUGUCCAUGCCCAGAGCCUCGGUGCUGGUUCCGCUGUUCGUCCGGGGGGGGCGGCUGCACGUGUGGAUGACCUCACGCUCACAAGCGCUGAGGACCGGUGCUGGUGAGGUUUGCUUCCCGGGGGGCAAGAGGGACCCGCAAGACAGGGACGAGGUGGACACCGCCACGAGAGAGGCGGAGGAGGAGAUCGGUCUUCCCACUGGCCAGGUGGAGGUGGUCUGUGCACUGUUUCCUGUCGUCAGUGAGCUGACUGGUCUGUUGGUGACUCCAGUUGUUGGAUUCGUAGAGGAGUCAUUUUGCCCAUGUCCAAACCCAGCUGAGGUCAGCUCAGCAUUUGCCGUCCCUCUGGACUUCUUCCUCCGGGGGAAGGACCACUUUGCCAUUAGACCCCCUGGAAGGACUGCAUGGAUACACAAAUUCAACUUUGUGGACCCUGAAUCAGGAAACUUCUAUCAUAUAUGGGGUCUGACGGCCACUAUGGCCAUACUGGUUGCAGUCCUGGCUCUUAGGAAAAAGCCAGAAUUUGCUGUUGGAUUUGACACUGAGAAUCCGCUGCCCUUCUUCCAACAAAGUCUAGACAGAUGUACAAGUAAACUAUGACUGGCCACGUGUUGUCCGACAAUCAGCCUGCCACUGCAACAGUGUAAAAAUGGCAGACAACACUUUAGAAUAACUACACACUAUGAAGCAUUAGUUAAGUGUUAGUAGCUACUGAAUUCAUCAUUUGUAAAGUUUCUGUAAAGCAAGACAUGCGCCAAUGUUAGUGUGUUAAGAGAUGUUUUAUAAAUACUUAAUACUGCAAUUCACGAUUAAUUCAAGUACUUUAUAGAAUAACUACACACUAUGAAUCAUUAGUUAUUAGCAACUACUGAUUCAUAAUUUGUAAAGCAUUUGUAAAAAAUGUGUAAAGCAAACACCAAUGGUUAGUGUGUUAAGAGAUGUUUUAUAAAUACUUAUUACUGCAAUUCCUGAUUAAUUCAGGUACUUUAGAAUAACUACACACUAUGAAGCACUAGUUAAGUAUUAGUAACUACUAAAUUCAUCAUUUGUAAAGCAUCUGUAAAGCAAGACGUGCCAAUGUUAGUGUGGUAAUAGAUGUUUUAUAAAUACUUAAUACUGCAAUUCAUGAUUAAUUCAGGUACUUUAGAAUAACUACACACUAUGAAGCAUUAGUUAAGUAUUAGCAACUACUGAAUUCAUUAUUUGUAAAGCAUUUGUAAAGCAAGCACCAAUGGUUAGUGUGUUAAUAGAUGGUUUAUAAAUACUUAAUACUGCAAUUCAUGGUUAAUUCAGGUAGUUACUAGUUGUUGGUUAAGUCUUCAGUAGUUACUAAUACUUAAACUAAGUGUUACCAAAUUGCAUGUUUCAGUAAGUGGUUACUGAAAAGUCUUGGUGAUAAUACAAGACCUUGGUAACACUUUAGUAUGGGGAACGUAGUCACCAUUAAUUAGGUGCUUAUUAGCAUGCAAAUUAGCAACAUAUUGGCUCUUAAUUGGUCAUCAUUACGUACUCAUUAAUGCCUUA